UUCUUCAUCGUUCAUUUUCUUAUUAUUCCUUUUUGAUUUUUUUUUACCAAAUCGGUUUUUUUGGCAACAGAAUGUUGUUGUUGGGUUGGUAGAGAUUAUAAUUAGAGAGAGAAAAAGGAAAGGAAGGGUCCUUCAGAUAUGGCUCCAGCUGGGAAGCAUUCUGGGUUUCGUAGAGAAGGCAAUCACUGGUUUUGCAAUGGUGAACUGCCUAGUGAUAUUAGUGUUUCCAUUGAAGGCGUUACUUUCCAUCUUCAUAAGUUCCCUCUUGUGGCAAAAUGUGGAAAAAUUGUACAAAAACAUGAAGAAUCCAGUAAUAUGGUGCUGGUGCUGGAAGAAUUCCCUGGUGGCCCUGACACUUUCUUAAUUGUGGCCAAAUUCUGUUACGGUUUUCGUGUGGAAUUGACAGCCAGAAAUGUAAUUUUAGUUUAUUGUGCCGCAGACUACCUUGAAAUGACAGAUGAAUUCGGGGAAGAUAAUUUGUUAUCGAGAUCAGAGGGCUUUUUCCAUAAGAAUAUUCUGCACAAUUGGAAAGAUUGUAUUUUGGCUCUCCAAAGUUCUGAGCCUAUUCUACAGAAGGCUGAAAAGCUUCACUUAGUCGACAAGUGUUUGAAUGCUCUCUCAGUGAUGGUUUGUACAGAUCCUAGUUUGUUCGGAUGGCCAAGGAUGAUGUAUGGGAGUUUACAAAGUCCUGGUGGAAGCAUUCUAUGGAAUGGUAUAAAUACCGGCGCAAGAAUUCAAAGCUCAGAGUCUGACUGGUGGUUUGAAGACAUCUCAUUUCUGAGUGUGAGUUUGUUUGAGAGGCUUUUUAAGACAAUGCAAGUGAGGGGUAUAAGACCCGAAAACCUUGAAGGUGCCAUAAUGUACUAUUGUAGGAAAUACUUACCAGGUUUGGAUCGUUGGCAGAGUGGACAAGGUAGCAAGACUAGAACGGUUGCAAGCUUCAGUUUCACACCAUCUGCCGUUGAUCAGAGGGUUCUAUUGGAAAGCAUAGAGAAACUCCUUCCUUUCAGGAAGGGAACAUCCUUUUGUCGUUUCCUACUGGGGCUUGUUCGCGUGGCUUUGAUAUUGAAUGUGAAUCAGACAUGCAAGGAUUCAUUAGAGAGGAGAGUAGGUACACAAUUGGAACUGGCAACUCUGGAUAGUCUUCUCAUUCCUAAUUAUUCAGAUUCCGAUACGCUAUAUAACACGGACUGCAUUGAGCGGAUUGUCCAUCACUUUAUGUCUACAGAAUCAAAUAAAACCGCCUUUUCUUCUUCAUCGGUUGAUCCACAAGCACUACCAUCAUCUGAAUCCUUAAUGAAAGUUGGAAAGUUGAUAGAUAGCUACAUUGCAGAAAUUGCUUCUGAUGUAAAUUUGAAACCUGGAAAGAUACGCUCCCUCGCAGAAUCCCUUCCAGAGUCAUCAAGAUCAUUGCAUGAUGGAAUUUACAGAGCACUCGACAUAUAUUUCAAGGCACAUCCAUGGCUCUCAGACAAAGAGAAAGAAGAACUGUGUGGCAUUAUUGACUUCCAGAAACUCUCAAUCCAUGCCUGCACACAUGCAUCACAAAACGAUAGGUUUCCCCUCAGAGUUGUUCUUCAAGUGUUGUUCUUCGAACAGCUGCAGUUAAGAACGGCAUUAGCCAGCUGUCUCCAUGCAUUGGACAAUGAAAUCAACCCGGCAGCUCCUUCAAUUGUUGCAGGCGAUACGGCAGGUCAAAUCGUACAAAGGGAUGGAUGGGUGACUGUGGUACGCGAAAAUCAAGUUCUAAAGGUGGAUAUGGAAAAUAUGAGGUCUAGAGUUGGAGAACUUGAACAAGAAUUUGGUAAAAUAAAGCAAGAAAUGAAAACCAUAUCAAAAUCCCAUAGUUCCCUUAGCUCUCCUCGGUUAGUUGCCCGGAAAAUUGGGUGGAAGCUUGGUCGGCGUCGAUCUUCAGAGACUCAACCAGAAACUCGUGAUCGCACUGGUCAUCGAUCAAGAGCAUCGAUUGAAUAUGAACCUCAAUCACAUAGGUCUGCACACAGAAAAAGUUUUUCUUUGGUGUAAUAUAAACAAAUAAUAGCUCCUCUUUACACAUACAUAGCAGUUUUGCAGUUUUGUGUGGUUUCUAAAUUUCUACAAAGGAAAGGGAAGGAAAAUGUUUCUUGAUCCAUUUCUUUUAUAAUAAAUUUCAGAGAAGUUUACAAGCUUCAAGCUUGGACAAUGGACAUUUUCCAUUUCUUUCCCUUGUGUAUAACAUGUAGACUUCUUAGAAGUAAAGUUUCACCGGGAAACAUCAAAUUUUCCUAAUUGGAGGAUGUUUUUGUUCUUGUUUUGAAUUGGGGAAUGCUAUUAUAUUUAUCCCUCUGUAUUUAUUCUUCAUCAACCAUAAGCUAGUGACAUAUCACUUUUAUACAGAUGGAAAUUCAAA